CUUUGAACUCGCACAAAAUUCAAAUGUUAUUACGCUCGAGUUGAGUGGUGAAAUUUAAAUGAUUGUGUCGUUUGUUAACAAUAUUAAAAACUGUGAUAUCGACAUCAAGUAAACGAAAUUAAUUCCGUGGUUUUUGGCGUUGACCCAAGAUACAAGGAAUAAAUAUUAUAUUCAUGCUGUAAGUUUCGUGAGGACCUCAUUUUCUCUUAUCUACAAUUCUAUAUAACUGAUAAUACUGCUGCAAAUACUUUUAUGAUUAAAGUAAUUGUUGAUUUCUGUGUUGUCAAGGUCUAAUUGAGACAAAUACCAUUGUUGUGUCACAUUAAGGUUAUUUCAAAAUCAUGAUACUCAAAGGCAAAUUAUUGAAGGCGCUAAUUUUGGGUGCUCCAGCAUCGGGAAAAGGUACUAUUUCAUCUCGUAUAGUAAAAAAAUACAACAUUGCACAUGUGUCCAGUGGAGACAAAUUGAGAGAACAUAUAGAGCAUCAGACAGACUUGGGGAAAGAAGUGAAAAAAUAUUUAAAUGAGGGAAAAUUAGUUCCAGAUGAUUUAAUAAUAAAGUUUAUGAUAACUGAACUUAAAAAAGUUGACAAUAAACCAUGGUUAUUAGAUGGCUUUCCCAGGACGGUCGCACAGGCAAAUGCUUUAUGGAAAACUCAACCCGUUGAUGUAGUGCUCAACCUGGUGGUGCCGUUUGAUGUGAUCAUUGACAGGGUCAAAAACCGCUGGGUGCAUUUGUCUUCAGGAAGAGUCUACAAUAUUGGGUUCAAUACACCAAAACAUCCCGGUAAAGAUGAUAUCACAAAUGAAGACUUAGUUCAACGUCCUGAUGACAGGCCAGAGGCAGUGAGACAACGUCUUGAAAUAUACGAUGGUAUUACUCGGCCGGUUAUUGAUUUUUAUAAAGAAAAGGGAAUCCUUAAAGAAUUUGAAGGGCGAACUUCUGAUGAAAUUUGGCCUAAGGUAGUGGCCUAUUUGGAUCCUAUAUUUAGCAAGAAGUAGUGCUCUACAGGACUAGAAGAUAGCUUUAAAAAUUGGUGCUAGAAUUUUUUGGAAAGUUUUGUAAAGUAGGUUUAAGUAAAACUGGAAUCUUUGUUGUUGUUUGUAUUUAAAGAGAAGCCAUCAUCAAUAAAAUUAGAUUUAGAUGAAA